AAAAAAAAAAAAGAAGAAGAAAAAUUGAAAUUUGAAAAUAAUAUUUAACUAGCAUCUUAGGCCUGUGCUGGGAAGACGUUCUGCUAGCUUCUUACAUUUUGCUCUGUCUCUUCCUCUUGAUCCCAUUUUCAUUUCGAGAAGAUUUUCCAGGAGAAACAAAAGGCUUGAAAAUGAGUCGUGGAGUUAGCAGCGGCGGUGGACAGAGCUCCUUGGGCUACCUGUUUGGGAAUGGAGAGCCAGCCAACGACGUGCAACCUUCUCAGAAAUCCUAUGGAUCUUCUCAGCUGGUUGCUUCUACUUCGCCACUGACCGAUAAACAGACACCGGCUGGCAUUCCGGGGCAUCUUACUAACAAUUACUAUAGAGCAGAUGGGCAGAACUGUGGCAACUUUAUCACGGAUCGUCCAUCGACCAAAGUUCAUGCUGCACCUGGUGGCGGAUCUUCUCUGGAUUUCCUUUUCGGGAACGGUAGGAGCUAAGUUGGUUAAGUACCUAGAAAGACCCUUCACUGGCACUGGAACCUAUCAUAUUAUGUAAACUGAAAAUUGUAUCUACCCUUGAAAAGCUUAGAGCUUUUGUCUUUCAAAUUUGUGGUAUUUUUUUCUUUAUGCACAAGGUUGUUUCCUCUUAUGGUCAAAAUUGCUGAAAUGCUUGGUUCUUGAUGCUAUGUAUUGAAACAUAAUUGAGUGGUUAUUGCAUAUUGCUUUGCUCUCAA